UCCUAUAAAUUUCUUAGCGAUCGAUCCGAUCACAACUCACAGUUUUUGCUAUCAAAACCAAAUACGACCCAGCAAUCAAUAAUUCUAAUCUGCGUCACCAUUUUGUGUGAAUUUUACUGUUUUUAACUUGAAACAAUCCAAUGGCUUCGCACCAAGAUGUUAGAAUCAAGGAACAGACAGCGGAGAAGGCUGCAAGGGCCGCCGCUGAUGAGCUGAGGGACAUCAAUCGUCAGGGACAGGUUGGUGGAAACGGUGGUGUUGUGGUGGUGGAACGCGAUGAGCAGAUAAGAACAAAUGAAGGCCGACCUGGCAUUGUUAGCGGCAGAGUUGAUCAGACUGUCACAAGUACACCAGGUCAUGCAAAGGAUGUUGUCACCGGAAAAGCUCAUGAGACAACCAAUAAGGCGUCGGAGCUUAGCGGGGAAGCGGCUGAGAGAGCGAGGUGGACCGGCGAGGAGGCUGUCCGGAAUACGGAGGAGACGAAAGAGAUGGCGGGAAGGUACAAGGACUAUGCAGCACAGAGAACAAAGGAGGCUGCCGGUGUUACGGCUGAGAAGGCGAAAGAAGGGAAGGACGCUGCGGUGGGUAAGGCAGGAGAGUACAAAGAUUAUGCGGCGGAGAAGGCGAAAGAAGGGAAGGACGCUGCGGUGGGUAAGGCAGGAGAGUACAAAGAUUAUGCGGCGGAGAAGGGGCGGGAGGUGGUGGACAAGGGCGGAGAGUACAAGGACUCUGCAGCACAGAAGGCGAAGGAAGCCAAGGACACAACAAUGGAGAAGGCGGGAGAGUACAAGGAUUAUGUAGCACAGAAGGCGAGCGAAGCGAAGGACACGACAAUGGGGAAGGCGGGAGAGUACAAGGAUUACGCGGCGGAGAAGGGGAGGGAGGCGGCGGAGAAGGGCGGAGAGUACAAGGACUAUACCGCACAUAAAAAGAAGGAGGCGGCAGAUGUGACGGCGGAUAAGGCGAAAGAAGCCAAGGACACAACAAUGGGAAAGAUGGGGGAAUACAAGGACUAUGCCAUAGAGAAAACCAAGGAGGCAGUCGGUUACACGGCGGAGAAGGCGAAAGAAGCUAAAGAUGCGACGUUGAGUAAAGUGGGCGAGUACAAGGAUUAUGCUGCUCAAAAAGCAUAUGAUGCCAAGGACUACACCGUCGACAGGGCGGCGGCCGCCAAGGACUACACCGUCGACAAGGCGAAAGAAGCCAAGGAUGCGACGAUGGGUAAAGUUGGUGAGUACAAGGAUUACACCGCUCAAAAGGCGGCAGCCACCAAGGACUACACCGUCGACAAGGCGGCAGCCACGAAGGAUGCGACGAUGGGAAAGAUGGGAGAAUACAAGGAUUACACCGCACAGAAAGCUUAUGACACAAAGAACUACACGGCGGAGAAGGCAAAUGAAGGGAAGCAAACAACGGUGGGGAAGAUGACAGAGUUGAAGGACGCCGCCGCCGAUGCUGCAAGAAAAGCCAUGGACGUAUUUACCGGGAAGGAGGAGGCGGCCAAAGAGAAAAUGACCGAAACUGGUGAUGCUGCUAAGGGAACGUUUGAUGAAGUAACAGAAGAGGAUGCGAGGAAGAGAAUGGAGGCCAUGAAUUUGAAACAAGGUGGAAGAGGUGGUGAUGUGGCGGCGACGACGACGGUGGUGGAAGUGGAGGACGUCUCGCCGUUGGGAGCAGGGAUACUGGCGGCGGUGGACGUGGACGACACCCCGUUGGGAACGACAGGGGAGGUAUUGAGGCAAGCCCAAGUGAGACGAAUGGAAGCAGACGAUUCAGAACGAUAAGGUUGAACGUGAUGUCCGGUGUUUUUCCAUUAAUCUUGGAACAAACGUUGUGUUUCACUUUUGUUUUUUGGUCCACGGAUGUGUUUGAUAAAGAGGUAAAAAGAAUAAAGAAUAACUCAUUUACAGAUAAGUGACCCAUAGAAAAAAGUUCUGGACAACGUAUUCCUGAAUCUUCAAUCCAUGGUAUUAAAUCAAAUAUUUAAA